CAGAAAAUGUUGCAAUGAAGAAUAUGGAAUGAGAUGAGAUCACAGCAUCAGUCUGUCCUUUGUAGAUCUGGACAAUGAUCACAGAGCCAGAUUGGAUUAGUGAAACCUAUUUACCAGAAGUUCAGAGCGGUUGCAUGAAGCUGAAAGGCAGUCAGUAGGGAGAGGCGGAAAAUGCACCAGAUUUACAGCUGCAGCGAUGAAAAUUUAGAAGUUUUCACCACUGUGAUUUCUUCCAAAUCAUGUAGUCCUGCCCGAAGACGAGCCAAAGCUACGCAGCACAUCCUCACAAAGAGUGUGGUUGCCAUAUCGGAGCGCCGGCCCCACCAGGGUGACCUCCUGCACGUGCUGUACGAGGCCAGGGGCGAGGAGGAGGCACGAGGAGUGGGAUGUCUGCAGGGCGGCCAGCGCGGAGCCUGCCCCGCCAAGGGCGCUGCCCAGCACGCAGGAAUUACUGAACAAGAGUCAUCCAAGUCCCAUAAUCAUCUGUUGGAUGGAAAAUCUUUGAUUCCUCCAUCUCCAGUUGCCCAUAUCACAGUGAAAGCUGUGGCUGUCACGGGCUCGCCCACACGCGACCGCAUUUCUACGGAAGACCACAGGCAGCGCUGGAGGAAGACAACAGAGUAUGACCUGGCCCUGCCACCAACAGCAGAAGCUUCCCUACCACUGACAGGAGGCAACCUGUGUGGGACACCCAGCCUCCUGAGGAAGAUGUGGAUGAAGCACAAGAAGAAGUCAGAGUACCUGGGGGCAACAAACAGUGCCUUUGAGGCAGACUGAUAAGGCUCAGCAUCCCUUGGAAAGGCAGAAGGUCCUUUAGCAGGACAAGGUGCUUUAGAAUCAAUGAGGGAACAGACACAGCACAGCUCAUCCAGGAAAAUUCUAUCUUUUUUAUUACUUGAUGCCAUUUCCUCAGAACAGUGGGAGAAAGGCUAACAAAGGUAAAAACAGUGAAUAUGAUGCAACUCAAUGGCAUUUCCUUGUUGCAUAACACUAAAAUCCCAGCUAUCCCACUAGAUUUGCAUCUUGACUCGAUGCUGAGACUACUGCUGACCCAUUCACCAUUUUCUAUGUCCUGUUUGAAUGAGCUCGGACUUGCAACAAGAGAAGCCUACAAAGAGGUUUGUGUAUUCCUGCAAGGAAACAGAUUGAUUACAGAGUGCCAUUAAAUCCCAGGGACCUACUUGUUGUGCACCACUGUUUGUCAUCUUUGCCCGCUCAUAUCAUGAGAUAAAAAUCUCAUCUUGCGAUAUGCUUGGCUGAAUGACACAUGCUAAACAACCCUUUUCCUUCAGUUUUGGUGAAAAGGGAGGAGUAAAAGAAGCAAAAAUUCUAAAACAAUGGGCCAGAACUGAGCAAGUUUGCAAACAUAUGUACCAAACUUUGCUAUGUGAAAAGUGAUGUGUGUUUUAAGGUGUCCUGCCAGAUCAAUCUAUGAGCAAUAGGGAAACCUCAAGGGAUAAUUUCUGCCAUAGAACCUGCUUAUAACUGAAAUGGUAGUCAGCAAUUUACCCUCUACCCAUGUGAUAGAGGAUAUUACAUUAAGUGCACAAAAUACCAGGAGGAAGGAAAGUAUGUAAAUGGUGCAACUGGAUGACUAAGUAUGAGAUAUUUGCAUGUAAGAGACCUGUGCUUAUGAACAGAUGGAUUUAAUGGAAUUUGCUUUAAAUUUUUUUUUUUUUUAAUUUUUUUUUUCAAUUUAGAAAUUGCUGGUCAAGUCCCCUUUGGUUUUUCUCUCAAAAAAGAACAAAUAAGUUUUACAAAAAAAGUUUUCACCACUGUUAUGGACCAUAUUAUAUUAGUCAUGAGCAGUACUUGCCUUCUGUGAGUGCUCUCCUAGUUACUAUAAAAAACCACUGGUUUCCCUAAAUACAGAACUUUAAAUAUAAAGUUGGAGGAGGCGUAUCUCCUGUUGUUUAUGGUAAUGAUGACCUCUAAUCUAACCGCCAGUGCACCAAAGUGUAAAUUAAAAAUAAAGGUCUGACUCUGUGACAGCAGCAGAGGGAAGGAGCUCCCAUCUGAAACUUGCUUGCCUGCAGCCAGUGCAGUGAAAUGUGCUGAGAUGCCAUCACAGACAGUGCCACAGUAGUGAGGGGCAGCUGGCCCUGGUGAGGGGUCACCAGCUUAGGAGUACCAAGGGACCACCUGGAUGGGAGGGAAAGACAGCCAGGACUUCUGGCUUUGAGUGGAGCAGGGUGGAGCAGCACACAGAGGAGGUUUUGCAGCUUCACAGCCUGAGCAACCAAAGUUCAUGGGAUGGGAAAACAAAUGGAGCAGGCCAGUAGCUUUACAGAGCCUAUGGUCCUGAUGGCUGCAAGAAGGGCAACAGGGAAAACCUAUCUGGGGCUGGACAUGGUGGAAAUGGUAGUAGGGAGAGGAUGGAAGUUCUUACUUAAAAAGGUACUGGUACUGUGGCUUUUCAUGCUGCUAGAGACAAGUCAGUCCAGAGUCUGCCAAGGAGAGAGAGGCACUACACCUUCAUGAAAUACCUCUGUCAGCCCUCCGGUUCAGCUGUCCAUCAUUGCUUCAGUCACAGGCUCCUCCUUCAGAGGUGCUCAGCUGGUCAGAGGACAACUUUGCACCUCAAAACCACACAGACUCUCCCUCCUCAUUACCAAAGGUAGAAGUCCUUCUCUGGCCCAGCAGCCUGAGACAGGGAUGAUCUGCUUUCCAGUUUUUAUUUCUUGCUCCUGGGGAAGAAGGAGAAUACAGUUCCUUAUGAACAACGUGCUGGCAGUGGUGACCCAGCAUCGACCAUGUGUUCUCUGCCCUGGCAUGAGAGCAAUGCUAAUACCCAGUGAAGGCUGCACACCUGAACAGUGUGCAGAAACCUGAAGCCUCUCUCAGGGGUCCAGCCCACCUUUGAAUUCUAGCCUGGCACACUGAUCCUGUGCAAUAGUCUGAGCACCCUCACCCUGCCAACAUCAGGUCCUCUGUGACUGAACCAAGCUGGAGUCAAGAGUUUCCUGAAACUCUUUCUACAAAUAUCACUAACCAAACUUCAGCCCCCUCCUCAGCCUAUAGAACUCCUGCCAGAAACCCAUGCAUGUAUUUUUACACAUAUAGGUAAACCUAGUGAAUUCAGUGGGACUGCUCCCUUGCAUAGCAAUACAUACAUUCAAAGAGCAAGGAGAAGACCAACCACUGCUUCUCUUCUUUGGUCUCAUUUCCUAAACAAAGGAAAAAUAAUUAUGAUGCACAGACACUGGGAAAAGUCCAUUUACUGAAUUAGGUGUAAUCAAGAGAGUGAACGUUUGUGGUACCUGCCCUUGUAGUUAGCAUGGCCCAAUUACUGAAACACAGUCCAGGGCAGCAAGAGUUUUGUUUGUUGAGGAAGUUGCAUUGUAGUAGUAGUAGUAGUAUUUAAUUUGUUAAUUAAUAGCUUUGAGCAGUAUGAGGAUGGAGGCAAAGAUGAUUAAUAUUUCUUCUUAAUAAGUGCUGUAUCUUGAUGUGUAUUUAUGCUUUUCUUAUUUAUUUAUUUAUUUAUAAUUUGGAUCUACAAGAGAAGGAGCUAUUUACAAGAAGCAUAUUAAAUUUCCUUUUAUUCCAG